AUGUACCUCUUGGCGAAGAAAGUUAAAACACCGAAAUUAUUGUUCCCCUUUUUUGGAAUUUCCUUCGAGGUUUUAGGGAACACUGAAGCUAUCAUGAAUAAAAUGAAAUAUUAUAGCGACUUCUCAACGAGUUCCGGGGGUGUCGCCUGUGGGUGGCUUGGUCCUCUUUUAUAUUAUUUGAUUACAGAUGCUGAAAAGAUCGAGAUUGUACUACAAAACAAUCUUGAAAAGGACGGUUUGCAUCGUUUUAUACGAGUCCUCGUUGGCAAUGCUUCAAUAUUUUCGAAAGUUUCUAUUUGGAGGCCGCGUCGUAAAAUCGCAGUUCCAGCAUUCAGUCCAAAAAUUCUAUCAGAAUUUGUCAAUGUUUUUUCGGUUCAAUCGGAAAAACUAUCCAACAAACUGAAACCUAUGGCUGGAGCUGGAAAUUUUAAAUUAUGGCCGUAUGUUAAUGCGUAUAGUUUGGAUGCUAUAAUGGAAACAGCUAUAGGUGUCCAGAUCAAUGCACAAGACAGCCAGGGAAACCCAAUCCUUAGAGCGUUAAACGAAUCCCUUCGGCUAUCUUCUGAGAGGAUAUUCCACCUAUGGCUCCAACCAGAUUGGCUGUAUAAAUUUUUCCCGCAAUACAAACAACUUUUGUAUCACACAAAAAUAGUACACGAUUUCACUAGUGAGAUUAUUCGAAAGAAAAGGAUGGAUAUCAAUACGAAUAUUGGUCAAAAACCAGAUGUCGUACAAGGUAACUCGGAGACUACGUUUUUGGAUCUUCUCAUACGUCAGUCUGAUCUGCAAGGUGGAUACACUGACUUGGAGUUGCGUGAAGAAGUCUUAACUUUCAUUAUAGCUGCCACGGACACCUCCGCUACGGCUAUGGGGUUCACUCUUAAACUCCUAGGGAAAUAUCCAGAAAUUCAGCAAAGAGUGUUUAAAGAACUGGAUGCAGUAUUUGAAGGAUCAGACCGCUUAUUACAUAAACACGAUUUAGCGAAACUCCAAUAUUUAGAAAGGGUUAUUAAAGAGACCCUGAGAUUAUUCCCAUCAGUUCCGUUCGUAAUUCGUAAAGCGGAAUAUGAUACACAAUUGAACGAAGACAUUACGCUGCCCAAAGGUGCUGGUAUAAUAUGCAGCAUAUGGGGUGUUCAUCGUAAUCCUACAAUUUGGGGCCCUGACGCCGACUGCUUCGAUCCCGAUAGAUUCCUGCCAAAGAGAUGCAAGGACCUCCCAGCCUGUGCUUAUAUUCCAUUUAGCUUCGGACCUCGCAAUUGUCUCGGUUACAAGUAUGCAAUGAUGUCAAUGAAGACCGCUCUAUCGACACUGCUACGUCGAUAUCGUGUGGUCGGGGAGCCGGAGGCAGGACCCAUCCCUCACAUCAGAGUGAAGCUGGAAGUGAUGCUGAAGGCGGUCGAUGAAUACGAAGUAGCAAUUGUGGAAAGAUAA